AACGUAUUCCAAAAAACAUUCGCAUUAGACUUUCAGCGAACAAAACAUUUUGUUUUCGUGUCCAAGUGUGUGACUUGAUAUUUUUUUGAAAAAAAAAAAAUAAUAAACUCUGAUCUUUCGAUCAAAGAACUAUAGACAAUUCUAGUGAUUCAGUGCUGUUAAUCCUGAAAAUUAUUAUUAAUAUAUUUUUAUUUUGAAGUGAUUGUAGACUUUUAAGAACUAAAGAACAUUUUCUAAGAACCGUUGAUCCAUAAGUAUACAUGAUAAAUUCAAACAGAGAAGCCAUAAGUGAAGUGUUGUUUAAGCAUCCAAACUCAGGAUAUAUCGUCUUUGACGAAAGUGAAAUUAUUCUUGCACCAUCUCAAUUUAUUUGUGACAAUUGCAAAAUGUCGAGAUUAGCAAUGUCUUGCUAUGCUGCUACAAAGCAUCAAUAUCCAGAUAGUGAUAAGAAGGUGGCUCGAGUUCAGAGCAAGGAAAAGAAGCAGGGUAAAGAGCGCUCAUCAAAUAAGUACGGUGAAAUGGAAGCGACAAUUUCUCUUGAUAAAUACAAUGGAAAGCUGAUGAACAGCAUUUGGGGCUUGUAUAACAGGAACUCUCCUCAUAACUUCAAAUCACUCCAAAAUGCUGAAGAAGUCGUUGGCAUCGAAAAGGAACAAGGGAUGAAGGCCGACUCUAAAAAAGUCGGUUCUUCAUCCUUUGUUCAAUUCUCCGUUCCACAAUUUAGUGGAAUGGUUGCUCUCGAGACUAAAUUUGAAGUCACGAAGCAAAAGACAUCCUUGGAGAAGCUUGAAAAUCUUUUCGCUUCACCAAUCUUCUAAUCAUGCUCUAUGUACUUAUAGUCAUCACUUCACUUAUAUGGAACAGAAACAA